AUGCCACGUAUACCUGAAAUUCGACGACUCCGUAAGAAGAUCCAAGAUUACCGACCUGGUAAUUGGACUAUCAGAGAUGCAGGAACCAGCUUCACCAGACCACCCAAGGUUAGACUAGGUGUCUUCGGAGUGCAAGACUCAGGCAAGAGUACCUUUCUGAACUCUCUUCACUUUGCUUACAGAGGUGUAUGGGAGGAAGUCUACAUCGAGAGCAAUACGGAAGGACAAGGAGGCGAGACAUCAUUUCGAGAUCCGGCUUUACUAACCGGUCAAGUAUCAACUUUCGAUACACGUGGGCUAUCUGAUCUGAGUGCUGACAAAGCUAUUGAUGUCUUGGCCGAAAUCACUGGAAGACGAAGAAUCAACGCUCGUUCUAGGACUGCUGGAAACAAAAUCGACUGUCCUAUCUUUAUCCUGAAAUACAACUCUGCUACUGGAAUACAACAUUGUCGUGACUUCCUAUCGUUACUUGUACCAAAAAUCAGGAACGAGUUCGGCUCGUAUCCGAUCAUGGUUGUGACCUUCGCUAAGAGCAUCUUGAACCAGGAAGAGAUCAUUGGCGACAUCACCAAAGCUGGUAUGGAGAGGAAAAGUCUAUUCUUCAUUGAGAACUACACAGCUUCGAACCACGAGAUGGAUUCUAAGAGACACAUUGCUCUUCUUAAGAUCCUGGAAGCCUGUAUCAAGCGAUCCGAUGAUAACAUCGUGUUCCGCUCGCGAGAAGAGGAGAUACUGCCCAAAGGUAAAUGUGAGAUAAUGUAAAGAUAUCGCACAUCAAGCCGGGGUGAAUGAAUUUUACAUAAUUAGUACAUACGUCAAGGUCACGUAAAUGUAUACGUACGCGCACGAGAAUGUACGCGGCCUUUGACAAGUUUUGUCUAUUCAUUAUUAUUCAUAUUAUUUCUGGCAAAAGGAGUACAAGAAAUUAAAAAUUCAUGAAAAUUGCAAGACCCAUUGACCGAUAGUCAGGGUUAUACAUACGGACAAUAGUUCCUAUUAAAGUUUUUCCCUCGCCGGUCGAUAGUUUACAGACAUUUAUUUGUAUUUAUUUGUAUUUAUUUAUUUUCCGAAAUUCACAAUAAAAACAUGAAUGUACAAAUAUAAUAAUGUACAAAAAUAUAAAAGCAAAGUAUAAAAAAUAACAAAUUAGAACAGAUAUAUACAAAGAAACAACAAUAUCAGAUAGACAUGAUGACAAGGAAAAGGCAGAUGCUUUGAAUAGACAAUUUGAAUCCGUGUUUCGAUUGCCCAGUAACAUACAUAUUCCUGAAUGCACAGAAAACAGUAAUAUACCUGAUAUGAACGAUAUUAACUGUAAUGUUGAAAAUGUACGUAAAUUACUUAAGAACAUUGAUUCUACAAAGUAUGUAGGUCCAGACGGAUUAGCCCCAUGUAUUCUUAAAGAAGGUGCCGUUGAACUUGCACCGUCGCUUUGUGAUCUUUUCAAUAUAUCUCUAUUAACUAGAUAUUUGCCUUUAGAUCGGCGCUGUGCUAAUGCGUGUCCCAUUUUUAAAAGGGGCAAUAAAGAAGACCCCAGUAAUUAUCGAUCCAUAUCCUUGACUUCGCACGUUUGUAAACUGUUAAAAAGAAUUGUUUGUAAACAACUUGUUCGUCAUUUAAAUGAUAACAAUAUCUUACAUGACAAUCAGCAUGGGUUUCGUGAAAAGAAAUCAUGCGAGUGUGAGGGGAUGAGAAAUAACCUUCUCUUUAUAAUGCAAAUUAAUCAGGUACAAAAGGAAUGUAGCUAAAGAGGAGCGAUAUGCUCCAGUGGACAUACACUCACUGCAUGCAGGAAAAAGCUCAUACAUGCAGUGAGCAGAUGAGACUGGCUGUAGCUGCACGUGCCUACAUAAAGCGGUAAUCGAUGUCUCAUCCUGAUAUUCUUGAUGUAUAUAGUUGAUUUUGGACACCUUAAUAUGUGAGUACAAUAUAUAAUUUACUCUCUGAUGUUAAGAUUUGCUGAGGAGCUAAAUUGGACAGAUUAUGAUUUGUGUGAAGAAGAGGGAGAUAACUUCAAUUUACAUGAAGCAGGCAUGCUGGUAUAGUAACCGAGUUAUGCCUAUUAAUGCUAGAAAGGCGUGUCAUUAAGACGUAAUACUAUAUA